AUGACUCUGCCGUCUUGGGCAUUGGAUUACCCGGUAUUGGAGGAACGCAAAUUCCCAAGCCGAUAUUCUGGUGAUUACUUUCGUGACACCCUUCCGCCCGACCUGUAUGAGCUGGAGCAAGCCGUGGUGGAUGGCGACGUUUUCACGGUGCGCAAGCUGUUGCAGGCUGGCGUGAAUGCAAAUGCCCCCUUGGACAGCAACCACAUGACAGCCUUGAUGAUUUCUUGCAUGAUGGGAAACUGGGACCUUGUCCAAUUGCUGGUUGAAGACUUCGAGGCUGAUUUGGAUGGCCCACUGUCCCGUGCAGGAUUGCGUGCCAUCGACUACGCCGGGUAUGAGGGAUACCGCUUCCCCAAUGAACAUCCGAUAUGUGAAUAUUUGAAAAGCAAGGGCUCUCAGCACACGUGGUGGGGAGCAUGCUGUGCAGGCGACUUCAACCGUGUCAAGGAGUACAUAGACAACGGGCAGGAUGUUGAUGAGAUCAACCCAGUUCUAUGGAACGGCAAUGCAGUCUUUAUUGCCAAGGAGUUUGGGCAUAGCAACAUUGCCCAGUAUCUGCUGACAAAAGGAGGGACUGUAGUUGUCAGAAAUUGCCACACCAUCGACACACAUGAGAUGAAAUGGUCAAUCGGCCGUGGCGACUGCUUCUUCUACAAGGCUUGCAAUCUGGAGCGUCCAGGGGCAGGCGUCAUUGACAACGCCUACCUGCCCGAAUAUGAGUGA